AAACUUACAGGAAAUUAGACGUUUCUUUUUAUAUUUUCAGAACGUUAUACCUGUUAUUGCCACAUUAUUAAAAACAGAUUAAACUCACAAUACGAACUUUUGCCUUCUUGCUAUUUUAACUUCAAAGACUCAUCAUCAUGUCAUUAGAUGCAAGCACAACGAAUACAUCAUCUACAAAAUCAACAUACAAAAAUCUUUUUGUGCUUGGAUUUGUAUUUUUCUGCAUUUUUACCUCGUAUCAAUCUCUACAGAAUCUUCAGAGUAGCAUACAUGAAGAUGAAAAAAUUGGUUUGGCGUCACUCUCAGUUAUCUAUGCUUCAUUUCUCAUAUCUUGCUUGUUUUUACCUCCUGUAUUAAUCAAGAACUUGGGGUGUAAGUACACUAUAGCCUUGAGUAUAGUUGGUUAUAUUCUGUACACAGCUGCACAUUUUUAUCCAACAUGGUGGAUGUUUAUGACAGCAUCAGCUAUUAUAGGUACUUGUGCAGCACCUUUAUGGAGCGCCGAAUCGUCCUAUUUAACCACGAUAGCAUUGCAUCAUGCAGCCAAUACAAAAGAAAAUUCGGAUGCUGUUAUCACGAGAUUUGUUGGAAUUUUUUUUAUGAUAUUUCAACUCUCACAAGUUUGUGGAAACACCUUGUCAUCGCUGAUUCUGAAACACUCAUCAGGCAAUUCAACAAAUCAAACUUAUAUGUGUGGUGCUGAUUACUGCCCAUCUGCGCCCAUUGUUUCCACCAAUCAGCAAACAGAAGAUUCAACAGUUGUCAUGCUUAUCAUUAUUUACUUGGUAUUCGGUGCAGUUGGAGCAAUUUCUGCAAUGCUAUUCUUAGAUAAUGUUAAAAUGGAGGGAGAAAAUGAAGAAUGUACUUUCAAAGAGAUAAUGAAAAAAACAUUUAGAAGUUUUAAAGACUGGAGGAUGUUAUUUUUGAUGCCUAUCACAGCUUAUUCUGGAAUGGAGAGUGGGUUUGUAUUCGCUGAGUUUAACGAGGCUUAUGUGACAUGUGCGGUUGGUAUUCAAAAAGUUGGAUUUAUCAUGAUUGCAUUUGGUGUGAGCAACGCGAUAUCAUCAUACAUUGUUGGUUCUAUCACAAAAUGGUUGGGCAGACUUGUAGUAAUUAUAUGUGCAAUGGUGUUCAAUAUUGGACUGGUUAUAUGGCAUCAUCUUUGGGAAACACUAUCUUCCUCCUUAUUUAUUUUCUUCGUAACUGCAGCUGCGUGGGGAAUUAAUGACUCUGUAUGGCAGACACAGACAAUUGCACACUUCGGCGUCCUGUUUCAUUCAAACAAAGAGAUCUCAUUUUCUAUAUACAAACUUUUCCAGUCACUUGGUUUUAUGGUUGCAUUUGCAUAUGGUGAUUACUUAUGUGUCUCACACAAACUUUACAUCUUGGUUUGCGUACUGAUUAUCAGUGUAGUUUUAUAUGGUGUGGUGGAAUGGAGUGAACGAAAGAAGAAUACAGCAGAUAGCAAAACUAUUUCCUCCUUUGGGAAUGACGCAUACGUAAACGAAACACAUUUAAAAUAGACAAAAAACCCUUUCAAAAACAGUGCAAUCGUGUCAGAAGGAUAACACAGAGAAAUACAUUUAGUUUCACAAUGUAGAUUCUUUAAAUUUUAUUGGACUUCUAGCUAAUGUUAUUCUCUGCAUAAGCAUUGCAUUACAUGGAUUGACUUGACAAAUACCCGUUUUUUUUAAAAGAACUAAUUU